UUUUAGAGCGGAAAGAAGGGUUUUGGAUUUUGGUCACGCAGCACAACCAACCAUCAUCAUCAUCUUCAUUUCAGGGAUUCGACUAUCUUUGCUACAUUCUAUUCUUCACCAUUUUGCAUUUCUCUUUGCUUUAUCAGCAAUUAUGGCAGAUGAAACACAAAAUGAUUUGAAGGAGGAGGUUUCGGAAAUUGCACCAUUUGAUCCUAGUAAGAAGAAGAAGAAGAAGAAAAUCACCAUUUUGGAUCCUGCUGAUGAUGAUUCAGUAGACAAGUUGACUGACAAGACAGAAAACCUGUCAGUUUCUGAUGGGGUUGAGACUUCCUUUUCUGGUUUGAAGAAGAAGAAGAAGAAGCCUGUUGAAAUCAGUAACUUGAUUGAUGAGAGUGGAGAUGCAAAUGAAGAUUUAGAUGAUCAUGCUGAAGAUGAUGAAGGAGAAGGGAUUUCUUUGCAGCAUCGAUAUCCUUGGGAUGGGACUGAUCGUGAUUAUGAGUAUGAGGAGCUUCUUGGCAGGGUGUUUAACAUUCUAAGAGAGAAUAAUCCUGAACUUGCUGGAGAUCGACGGAGGACAGUUAUGAGGCCACCUCAAGUUCUUCGUGAGGGGACAAAGAAAACUGUGUUCGUGAAUUUUAUGGAUCUAUGCAAAACGAUGCAUCGGCAGCCAGACCACGUCAUGGCUUUCUUGCUUGCCGAAUUGGGUACAAGUGGAUCCCUAGACGGACAACAGAGAUUGGUUGUGAAGGGAAGGUUUGCCCCAAAGAACUUUGAAGGAAUUCUGCGACGCUAUAUCAAUGAAUAUGUCAUUUGCCUCGGAUGCAAGAGUCCAGACACUAUACUUUCAAAGGAAAACCGUCUGUUCUUUCUCCGUUGCGAGAAGUGUGGAUCUGGAAGAUCGGUUGCUCCUAUCAAGGCUGGUUUUGUUGCUCGCGUUGGCCGUAGGAGCACAGGAACAUGAUUUGCUCCUAGUUUUUAUCCUCUCGUUCCAACUAGUUGCAGUAAUGUAACUUUUCAAAAAUUUUCCGUCUGUGUAUUGGUAUUCGGGAGAGUACUCUACAUAAUUUUGUGUAACGCAUCUUUUCUUGGUUAACUUGAAAAAAACAAAGAAAAUUUCUUAGUCAUGGAUAUUUUUAAUUCGGUCGAA